UGUCAUCAGCAGACAGACUUUGCUUUCUUUAUUGCAGGGGCAAAAUCUCAUGUUGUCUUUCUCUCCUAAUGUCAGUGGGACUUAAGCCCAAACAAGGGGACAUAGGAUUGGAGCAUGAGCACAGGCGAGCUUAAUGUAACAGCAUGACAGAGCUGCACGAAGCUGUAGCAUUGGGCAAUUGUGACUUGGUGGGUGAGAUUCUCAAGACAGGGCUGUGUGACCCAAAUUGCAAAGAUAUUUAUUGGAGUGACAGAACACCACUGCACUGGGCUGCAGCAAAAGGGCACUCAAAGAUAAUAAAACUGCUUGUGGAUCAUGGUGCUCGCCUGUGCUUGAGAACUGAAGCAGGAUGGACUGCAGCUCAUUUUGGGGCUGAAUCAGGGAAACUAGGAGUGUUGAGAACCCUUCAUUCUCUGCAUGCGCCUAUUGAUGCUACAGAUCUCUAUGGGGACACACCAAAGAGGAUCGCAGAGAUCUACGGACACAAAGAUUGUGUCACGUUCUUAGAGGUGGCAGAGGUAGAGUGUAGGGAGUUCUGUCAGAGAGCAAAAUUAAAGGGGACUCAGCUGGACCUGGAGGACGAAGAUUGGGAGUGCAAAAAGGCAGAAACUUUGAAAAAUAAAGCCUACACACAAAAGAAACCCACAAAAAAGCAUGUGGGGAAAGACGACGAUCCAACUCCUAGAAAUUACAAGCCUGGUAGAUGAAGGGAACGCAGUGGAUGU